AUGAGGAGGGAGAACCAGAGCAGCGUGUCUGAGUUCCUCCUCCUGGGGCUCCCCAUCCAGCCAGAGGAGCAAGGUAUGUUCUAUGCCCUGUUCCUGGCCAUGUACCUGACCACGGUGCUGGGGAACCUGCUCAUCAUCCUGCUCAUCAGGCUGGACUCUCGCCUCCACACCCCCAUGUACUUCUUCCUCAGCCACUUGGCCCUCACUGACAUCUGCUUCUCCUCAGUCACAGCUCCAAAGAUGCUCAUGAACAUGCUGACGCAGACUCAGUCCAUCUCAUAUGCUGGGUGCAUUUGUCAGGAAUUCUUUUUCUUAUUAUUUGCAAGUCUUGACAGCUUCCUUCUGACCUCAAUGGCCUAUGACAGAUAUGCGGCCAUCUGUCAUCCCCUGCACUACACCAAAAUGAUGAGACAGAGCCUCUGUUUCCUGCUAGUGGUUGUGUCCUUGGUCUUGUCCUUUGCCAUUGCUCUUGUGCACACCCUCCUCCUAGUCCGGAGCAUGAAGAGGGGGAACCAGAGUAGUGUGUCUGAGUUCCUCCUCCUGGGGCUCCCCAUCCAGCCAGAGCAGCAAGGCAUGUACUACGCCCUGUUCCUGGCCAUGUACCUGACCACAGUGCUGGGGAACCUGCUCAUCAUCCUGCUCAUCAGGCUGGACUCUCGCCUCCACACCCCCAUGUACUUCUUCCUCAGCCACUUGGCCCUCACUGACAUCUGCUUCUCCUCAGUCACAGCUCCAAAGAUGCUCAUGGACAUGCUGACACAGACUCAGUCCAUCCCUUAUGCUGGGUGCAUUUCCCAGGUGUAUUUUUUCUUAUUUUUUGCAGAUCUUGACAGCUUCCUCCUCACCUCAAUGGCCUAUGACCGGUAUGUGGCCAUCUGUCACCCCCUGCACUACACCACCAUCAUGAGUCAGAACCUCUGUUUCCUGCUAGUAAUUGUGUCCUGGGUCUUGUCUUUUGCUGGUGCCCUUGUGCAUACCCUCCUCCUAGCCCGCCUCUCUUUCUGUGGAGACAACACUCUCCACCACUUCUUCUGUGACCUCUCUGCCUUACUCAAGCUGUCCAGCUCAGACACCACUAUCAAUGAACUUGUCAUCUUUAUUGUAGGAUCAAUGGUCAUUACCGUGCCUUUCAUAUGUGUUCUGGUCUCUUAUGGCCACAUUGGGGCCACCAUCCUGAGAAGACCCUCCAUCAAGGGGAUCUGCAAAGCCUUGUCCACAUGUGGCUCCCACCUCUGUGUGGUUUCCCUAUACUAUGGAGCAAUUAUUGCACUCUACUUUGUCCCCUCAUCUGAUAGCAGUACAGACAAGGAUGUCAUUGUGUCUGUGUUGUACACUGUGGUCACCCCCAUGCUGAAUCCCUUCAUCUACAGUCUGAGGAAUCGGGAUAUGAAAGGAGCUCUGAGAAACAUCCUCAGGAGAGCAGGCGCAGUGGUGCAUGCCUGUAAUCUCAGUGACUCGGGAGGCUGA